GAGCAGGAGGGUGGUACAGAGGAACGCCGCGCUUGAAGGCGGGGUGGCCUGGAUUGGAUUGGAUUGGAUUGGAGUGGAGUGGAGUAGAGUAGAGUUGAGUUGAAGGAAGGCCGGGAGGAGGGGAGCAGUGCAGAAGGGAAGAGAAUCGAGUUCGUAAUGCAGUAGGAUGAGAUGGACUUGAGGAAUUCGGCGAGAAAUUUGGUGUCUCACUGCUCCUACUCCUGCUGCUGCUGCCACAUGAAGGUGAACUCAAAGUUUCGCAAAAGAGGAUCAUACUCACCGUUCGGCGGCGAAGAUGAGGAUUCGUGGGUGCAUACCAUGGUUGUGGUUGGUGGUUUUCAACUGACGGGGCCACAGAUCAUCAUCAUUGACGUCCUUAACGAUUGGGCCUCGUCGAGCAGAUGAUGGGCAGCAGCUUUCCGGUAAGCAUAUUCUAGGCUGUACAGUCCGUCCGUCAGUCCGUCAGUCAAUCAGUCAAUCAAACAAUCUAUCAAUCUGCAAUCAAUCCGCAAUCAGUCUGCAACCAAUUCCACGAUGGGGGAUCUCAAAACUCCUUUACUCCCUCCUCGAUCUCUUGUUGUGAGCUCUAGUAACAAAGAAGCGGCCCAAUCUCGCACCGGAGGCGGGUACAUCGGAGGCGACUUGCUGCUUCUGAAAAAACGAGGCAAGGGAAUUCGGUCAUGGAUUCGCGUGGAUCCUCUGGGCAAUUCUCAGGUGCUCGAGGUCGACAAGGCGACGGUUAUGCGUCGUUGCAAUCUGCCCGCCCGCGACCUGAGGCUUCUGGAUCCCCACUUCGUGUACCCCGCCACAAUUCUGGGACGCGACAAGGCCAUAGUCCUCAAUCUCGAGCACAUCCGAUGCAUAAUCACGGCCGACGAGGUUUUACUGCUCAAUUCGUUCGACAAAUACGUGCUCCAAUAUGUGGCUGAGCUGCGCAGGAGGCUGGCAACGCAGAAUCAAUCGGACAUUCCGGGCUUCAAAUGGCGAUCUCCCGGGGGCCAACCCCAAGUGUUCAACAGAACCGAUAGCUUCUGGGGCAACCCUCAGGAAAUCCGGCAGGCCAUGGUCAGCGACACGGACAUGUUCAGUGGGUCAUCGGCCGACGACUUGCCCUUCGAGUUCAGAGCUCUGGAGGUGGCCUUGGAGGCAGCCUGCACGUACUUGGAUGCGCAGGCCACGGAGCUGGAGCAGGAGGCCUACCCGGUGCUGGACGAGCUCACCUCGAAGGUGAGCACGCUGAAUUUGGAGAGGGUGCGCAGGCUCAAGAGCAGGCUCGUGAUCCUGACCCGUCGAGUGCAGAAGGUGAGGGAUGAGAUCGAGCAGCUGAUGGACGACGAUGGCGACAUGGCCGAGAUGUACCUGACUCAGAAGAUGAUGAACGCGGUGCCGAGCUACUCUUACAGCGAGAGCUCUGCCAGGACCAAAGGGUAUGUGGCAGCGGUGGGGGCUUCGGUGUCGGCCCCGGUUUCUCCAGUAGGAUCUCCGACGGGGGGAGGUGGUUCUCGGCAUCUAGAUAAAACGCUGAGCUUUGCUAGGAGUUUUACGACGCACGAAGUAUUGUCUAGGAGUUCCAGAAGCUCGAGGAGUGAAGAUGAGGAUGUAGAAGAGCUCGAGAUGUUACUGGAAGCAUAUUUUGUGGUUAUUGAUGGCACUCUGAACAAGUUGACCUCGUUGAAGGAGUAUAUAGAUGAUACUGAGGAUUUUAUUAACAUCCAAUUGGACAACGUGCGAAAUCAGUUGAUCCAGUUUGAACUUAUUCUCACCACGGCUACGUUUGUUGUGGCCAUUUGGGGCAUAGUCGCAGGAGUGUUCGGUAUGAACAUUCCCCUUUGGUUGUUUGAGGAACCGUCGGCUUUCAAGUGGGUUCUCAUCAUCUCCGGAGCAGUUGGGCUCCUCAUUUUCUGUUCGUUUCUUUGGUUUUUCAAGCGCCUCCACUUGCUGCCUUGACAUCCGCCAGAUACACGUUUGUCCCACAACCCUCCGACGAGAAGAAGAAGAAGAAGAGGAGGUAAAAGAAGAUUAUUCCACUCCGAUCAAUCGCUCUCUUCUCUGCACGGGUCAUGUCAAACAUGCCUUCGUGGCUUGUUUUCCUUCUUAGCCUCACUGAUCCAGUGAGCAGGACCUGUGUCUCAAGUCUGCCUCAGGCCGGAGGACUGGACUGUAUAUGAAACUGAAGUCUGAAGUGUCGGUAGGUUGGAGGACUGGCUGAGUACGAAUCUGGGCACAUCAUCGUCGAUCGAUACACGUAAUCGUCUUCCCUACUGUGAGUCUCCUGUCUCUCUACAGCAGACCAGCUCAGCCAGCUCAGCUCUUCAUCGUGAACCUACUCCUCCGAGCUCAAUCGCAGUCCUUCAUGAGGCUGUACACUCAUUUUCUGGGCCUUUUGAUGUGUGAGCCAGUCCACAUUUCGAAUGUGACCCCUUGAAGCAGUAAAAUUCCUGUACUUCUACUUACUGCCUGUCAAUUUCUGCAGAAGAUUGGCUCUGUCCGUCUGAGACCAUACCUCAGAGCGACAACGCCAACAUAAUUUAUACGGUGCGCUUGAGCCAUGAGGCUCGUCAUUCAGCCUGUGGCCAGCUUGUAACAUGGUGGGGGAAUGUAGUAUCAGACUGCAAAAUCAUUAGAUUUUUUACGUUGGCAUGGAUGUUGUAAAGAAACACGUAUUGCUAGUGCAGUGUUCAUAGGGGAAGAGGCUCAGGUCGAGGUCAGAUAGGUCUUCCACUUUUCUUCCCCUGUUUCUUUCCAGACCUUCCUUCAUUUGUAUUCUAUGGAUUGAUGAUACGUUCAAGACAGGUCACGGGCCGACCCACUGUCUUCCUAAGUCUGCAAUAAUUCUUUGAGAACCAACCUCACCUGGAGACACCGUCGUCUCAGAAGAGCGUUGAGAACUUUUGAGCCACUCUAGGGAACUCCAGAACCUGGCUGUCGACGCCACCUUGGAAGACCAGCCAACGUGCUGCUCUUUUGACGCGGUGAUUACUUGAUGUUGGAAAUAUGGCUUCAAUGCUCAAAAUUUUCAUCAGGAGUUCCAAGUGCAACAGUUCACGAGUGAAUGGUCGUCGACAUCAUUUUGUCACUGGCUUGCUCGUUUUUUGCCACAUGUGCUUGUAAACAUGAAUUGCAACGUUUUUCAUUGUCCGCUAUUUCUCUGUAAUUCGAAUACCGUCAGCUCACCUACUACUCGAUGAGAUGGCAUUCUUAGCCGCGUGCCUUAGAAACCAGAAUAUGCUCCUUUAUACAGAGCCAUAUUGGUAUGAUUGAAAGGAUUCACUGGCCAUUGCCUUUUAUAUUCUAGCGUAUUUCAGGAAAUAUCCCGCGAACUACUAAUACUGGACUGGGCAAGCCGAAGUGUCAGCACGAAGUUUGUCACUGCAGAACAGAACUGGGUUGUGUCUCAAUUCGACGCUGUCUGCGAUAACGGAGUCAAAAUACGCCUUCAAAUGCCAAAUUCCUGUACGAGCUUUCAUGACUACUUGUGGAUGUGUCACGUGUGCACGUUUUGCAAGUCUUUGACCUUUGUUUGUAGCUCUACUAGAGGGAAAUAGUUUAGUUUCUGUAAGAGCGGACGUUUCUUCAGGUACAGAGAUAUCCAGUC